AUGGUCCUCCAGAGUAAGUCGCUUGUAAGCACCUCGCCAGGCCCCGAUCCGGCCACACUGAUUGCCGAGGAAAGGGCUAAUGCCACUUUCGACCCAGUUGACAUGCACGCUGUCAUUGAAGGUUCUCCUGAGAAGGCCCAGAAGAUUUUGGAGCUCUACCAGUCUUUGGAGAGAGACCCAAUCUUGGCUCCAUCUUUCCGGGACUACGAGCUCUCUCGUGAUGAGAACAGAGAACAGACCACCGCGAGAAUCGCCAGAAUGACUCAGUACGUGGAAAAUGAGCCCUACGAGGACUUCUGGAGGAGAUUGAACUUGAUGACUGUGUACGACCCCUCGUUGGGCAUUCGUAUUUCCGUCAACUUGGGUCUCUUCAUCAAUUGUAUUCGUGGUAAUGGUACUGACGCCCAGUACAACUACUGGUGUGUGGAGAAGGAGGCUCGCCACAUGAAGCAGUUGUGGGGAUGUUUCGGUAUGACCGAGUUGGGACACGGCUCCAACGCUGCCGGUGUUGAGACCACUGCCACUUUUGAUGAAAAGACUGACGAGUUCAUCAUCAACACCCCCCACAUUGGCGCAACCAAGUGGUGGAUUGGUGGCGCUGCCCACUCUGCCACUCACUGUGUGGUUUAUGCCCGUUUGAUCAUCAAGGGCAAGGACUACGGUGUCAAGACCUUUGUGGUGCCAUUGAGAGACUCAAGACACCAGUUGAUGCCUGGUGUGGCCAUUGGUGAUAUCGGCUCUAAGAUGGGCCGUGAGGGUGUGGACAAUGGUUGGAUCCAAUUCUCCAAGGUGAGAAUCCCCAGAUUCUUCAUGUUGCAGAAGUUCUGUAAGGUUGACCGUUCCGGUAAGGUCGAAUUGCCUCCAUUGGAGCAGUUGUCUUACAUUUCUCUCUUGCAAGGUCGUGUUGGUAUGGCUUCUGACAGUUACCGUAUCUGUGCUCGUUUUGUCACCAUUGCUACCAGAUACGCCGUGGGCAGACGCCAGUUCAAGAGUGACCAGCGUGAGGACGAAAAGGAGGAGACUCAGUUGAUCAACUACCCAUUGCACCAGCGUCGUCUCAUGCCAUACUUGGCCUUGGCUUACGCCAUGGGUCUUGGUACCGACCGUUUGGAAAGACAGCAUGCUGAAACCGUUAAGACUUUGGAAGAUGCGGUGGCCAAAAAGAACGAAAAGGCCAUCUACGCCGCUUUGGCCAACACCAAGUCUCUCUUUGUCGAUUCAGCUGCUCUUAAGUCUACCCUCACCUGGUUGGCUGAGCAGUGUAUCACUGAAACUAGACAGGCCUGUGGUGGUAGCGGAUACUCGGCAUACUCUGGUUUUGGUAAGUCCUACGCAGACUGGGUUGUUCAGUGUACCUGGGAAGGUGACAACAACGUGUUGGGUAUGUCUGCUGGUCGGACAUUGAUCAAGAAUAUCCAGACGGUGCUCGAAAAGGAUGUCAAGAUUAAGGGUUCGACUCAUUACUUGCUGGACGCCAAGGAGUACCUCAACAGACGUUACUACUUAAAACGUGAGGACCAAUUGACUGCUAUUGAGGUGCUUCGUGCUCUUGAAGUAUUGAUUGUGAGAGUCGCUGCUGCUGCUGCCGAGAAACAGGAGCAGUUGGAGUCUUGGGAUGCUGUCUCUUACGAGCGUGUGUUGUUGUCCAAGUUGCAUGCUCAUCACUACUUGUUGGAGACUCUUUUCCUUGCCACCAGAAAGGCUCAGAAGCCAGAGAUCUCCUACAUUUUGUCGAAGGUGACCAAGUUGUACUUCUUGACCAACGUGUUGGAGGCAUUUGCUCGUGACUUCGUCUCUUACGCUGUUGUCAAGCCACAGCUCUCGUUGGCCAUCUCGUCCAAGUUUGUUCCAGCUUCGUGCUUGGAGGUCAGGGGCCAGGCCAUCCCCUUGGUUGACUCCUUCCAGCAGCCAGACGGGUUCUUGAACUCUGCCAUUGGUGUCUACGACGGCAACUUGUACGAGAACUACUUUAAGGUUGUCAAGACGCACAACGACCCUACUAAGACCAAGGCGCCAUACUCGCUGGACUUGGAGGAUAUGUUGAACCGUGGAUCAGUGCUUCAGAGAGCCAGGUUUGAACGAGACACCGAAGCAUCCAAGAAAUUGUCAUCGUAA